GUUGUCCUUUCGUUUAUCACGCCAGCGCUUGAACAUCUUGGAUUUCCUUAAUUAUACGAUAAAUUUAAAACAAAUUUCUUUACAAUUUCUUUAUAAUUAUCGUAUAACCAACUCCAAAAUUAAUGGCCUUUUUGGAGAACGGGCCAAUCACCAAAACAAAGAUGGCCGCCAUUCAUGUGAAAAGCCGCUGACCAAGUAUUUUGAAGGCGGUGUGUUUUCGGGGGGAGCCAACCCCUGAAGAGUGACACGAAACUUUCACAUCUUUGUCCAGUUGUGAUCGAAUUUUCAACAGCAAGGGUAAAAGUUUCGUAUCUUUUAUCCUUUUGUGUGGCUCUUUAACUAUUCCUCUACAUAUGGUAUAAGUUGUGUCGAGUUUUGUGAGGAUUUUAUGGCGAAACAAUCGCCAUAAAUGGAGUAAACCAAGAACACAUGGAAGUAGAUGGGACUAAUGGCCAUGGCGAGUUAAAUGAAGUCUCUUUACAGCGCGAAUCACCGUGCACUGUAGACCCGAAGGCGCUGGAUGAAAAUGGCGGAGAUCUUUCCUUCACGUCCACGUUUUCGCCAGAUGGUCAAGUCGCGGCUCUUGCUGAAUUGUCUGGAGUAAAACGAAAGCACACUGAUCAAGCAGACGACCAAGUCAAUAAGCAUCUACAUCUGGACCCCGAGACUUCAGAUGGGUUUGCUGACUUGGCAACACUGGUCAAUAUGUCCUCUGCGGCAUCCCUUGCUGUUUCUCAGGUACAAAAAUUAGCCUUGUCUUGUUUUCAAGCAGCUGACAUAGUUACCUUCAGUCAGACAGAUAAUCAAGAUUCCCUAGACAAUUGUAGCACAUGGGAUAGAAACCCUGAAGAAUCUUAUCAAACUCUCAUUUCAAUGCAUGUACAUCAGAAAAUUCUGGGUUUUUUUCUCUUGAUUAAUGCACUUCUUUGCAGUCAGAGAGUAAAUGUGUUAGUCUUACUAAUAUUACUUUUUUUAUAUUUUGCUUUUCUACAGGCCAACAACAUCCCUGAUCCAAAUAUAAUCAUAUUUGAAAUGACCAAAGAUGAUCGUAAAGACUUCUACAGAACAAUAGCCAAGGGAAUAAGGCGUCCUCUGUUUGCCAUCUACCGCCGAGUGCUUCGCAUGUAUGACAGACGGAAUUAUGUGGGAAAGUACUCUGCAGAAGAAGUGGAACAGUUAAAAUCCUUGAAAGAGAAACAUGGAAAUGACUGGGCCACAAUUGGUGCUGCUAUGGGGAGGAGUGCUUCAUCUGUGAAGGACAGAUUCAGACUUAUGCGGGAUCACUGCCAUUCAGGCAAGUGGACUGCAGAGGAGGAGCAGAGACUGUCCGGUGCAGUACAUGAGCUUAGCAGUGCAGCUUCUGGGGAUUUCAUCACAGCAGGAAUAUCCUGGGCAGCUGUGGCCCAGAGGGUCGGCACACGAUCAGAGAAACAGUGCCGUUCAAAAUGGUUGAAUUAUUUAAAUUGGAAGGAAAAAGGAGGGCAGGAAUGGACAAAGCAGGAUGAAAUUCAGCUUAUUACCAGAUCCACAGGGACAGUUUCUUAUCUAUACCACACUUACAUCGCCACACUACAGAACAAAAUUGAGAGACAGGAAGCUCGUUUUAAGGGGAACCACAUUCCUCGAGUGUCCAUGGUGCCUGGUGUAAGAUCAACUCACGUAAAUCCUAUCUCAACUGGAACAAUCACUAAUACUGGAAUUUCUCAUACAAUAACAGUCAGUAGCGAUGGGACAGUAACAAGAGAAGACGACACAUCUUCCCUCGCCACCAAUCACAGUAGAUUUGAGGUGGUACAGGUCAAUGCGCUGACACCGCAAGACAUGUUUCAUAACCCCUCAACUGUCCAAGGGACACCAUCGUAUAUCAUUCAGGCACCUGCUGGACAGACAUACAUCAUACAGCAACCGGCAGGCAGUUUGGUGAGACAGACACACACUGGAGAGCUAACGACUGGAUCUGAAGGCAUAGACAGUACCCAACACGAUCAGGUAAUGAUUAAAGCCCUGGCCAAACGGACUCACUAGUAGUCGCUAGAAACCGCAAGUUGAACUUGAGUAGAAACUUGCGUUGGGCA